AAAGACAGUGGAGGAGGGAAAGAGAGAUGUGGAGAGAAAAGAGGAGAGGAAGAUGCACGGAUCCGCUUCACUGCUGUAGUUUAAAAAGUCUCACCAAGGGGACUUAGAAGAGCAUUGGUGGUAUAAAUACCCAGCAUAAACAGGAUUAAAAGAGCAACUACUGAGAGACAAGCAGAAAGAGAGAAUAAAGUGUAAGCAUCAGGAGCACUGUGAACUGCAGUGGGUCUUUACACGCUCGCUUUACAACAGCACUCAACUUGGGAGAGAAGAAGCGUCACUUCUCUGAACUCUUUUACUGGAACACCAUCCCAUCUCUCUCUCUCUCUCUCUUUCUCAAUCUCUCGUCAGAGAUGCUCGUACACACAAAUGGAGAAUAUGUCUUGGUGCUGAAGUAUUGCUGAAGUUCAAACUGGGCCACUGGAUUCAUCUAUUUUGGUCCACUCAGUUGCUCCAGUCCCACUGGACACGCACCCACACACGGACAACAUCGCAAGAGCUCAGGAUCCAAGGAAGAGCACUGUCCAAGUACCACCAAGAGAGGUGAGAGGUGCCGGAGACGACUCUGAGAGACUUCAUAAGGCUGGGAGAGUGUGGAGCAUUAAAGAUACAGGUCCCCACAAGAGCUUUCUGAUCUCAGCUAGUGCUAUAAAUCAAUAGCUGUUAUAGAAAAUAGACAUUUCUCCUUGGCAACGGAAUGGCUUUCUUGAGCACUUGCUGACCGGAAGCCCCACUUCAGAGGAUACUAUUUUUAUGGACGUCUGAAGUCUAUUUCUCUGAAAAAUGACUGGAUGACUAAAACGAUAUAUUUAUAUAUACAUAUGCAUAGCUGAUAAAGCUGUUCUUUUUUUACGCUUACGCUGACACUUCCUUCAAAGCUUUUGGCACUUCAGAGAAUAUUCCUAUCAGCUUUGGACUGUCUAAAUCGCAGCUAUUUUUAUCCCACUACAUAUUUAGAUAAAAGUCUCCCACUACAGAAUUCUGUUCAAAACAUUUCGUCUGAAUGAGUGAGAGCAGAAGGGAGGUGCACGCUUAACAUCUUCACUAUUUUAUCACAACCUGUCUACAUUCUGUUGCUAAUCAUGGUUUUCCAUCAUCAGAAGUGACUUCUUCCAUCUUUUUUGGUGCAAAAUGAAGCACAUUAGCAUAUUUAUGGGCUGAGAUAUAUCCAAAUGUGGACAACGUGCUACAUGGAUCUUGCAUUCAGUCAUCAAGCAAAGGAACGAAUAGCUUCUGACAUGUGAAGAAAAUUGAACAUUCGAGAAUUCUGUGCAUUUAAACACAUGGACUAAAAUCACGGUGUCAGCUUGGGAGGAGAUGGAGGAACACAUGAGUUAGUUUCCUUGUUAAGGUUAAUGCUUGUAUCUGUGUGAAAUCAACCAAAAAUUGCUUUCAAUUGUUGUUACUGCUAUCCUAUAAAUGAGAUAUUCAUAAAAGUAAAAUUGUUGGCCAUAUUAACCGGAAAGCAUUAGUUGAUGUCAGAUCCAGAUCUCGGAAAAUGGAGAAUCUGGAUGAGCUAGAACAUCCAUUGCUGGGUGACAGCAGCCCCAAAAACUCAAGUGGAACCGGCACCAGUGGCAGUGGACUGUUCAAAAGCAUGUUGAUGAGAAAUGAGGAGGACAAAAGACUGCCCCCUCUGGACUGGAGGAAUUAUUGCAGGUCUACAGACAUUCAGCAGCAGCAGCUCCUGGAUCCAUGUUCAUUGUCUAGCACUCUAGAGACUCUUUAUCCCCCCACUACCAUUUGGGCUGCUGCUGACUCCCUGGGCAUCCACAGUAAGGAGUAUCUGGAAACCACUUUUGUGGACAUCGGCCCUGGUUCACCAUUGGAAAGGAAGUUACUGGCAGAGACAAGAGAUGUCCAUAGUGUAUCCUACAGCAUAGAAGAUAGGGAUGACCUUUUGCCAGACUUUGAGGACUCCUCCAGUGAUGACUUCAGUGAUACAGACAGUGAAAGCAACUUUCCCAUCAUGAUCCCUCAAGAUUACCUGGGCCUGGCUUUCUUCUCCAUGCUCUGUUGUUUCUGGCCUCUGGGUAUUGCUGCGUUCUAUCUUUCCCAAAAGACGAACAAAGCAUCAGCACAAGGAGAUUUCCAGGGUGCCAGUGCGGCUUCUCGGCAGGCUCUGUGGCUCUCUGUUCUUUCAAUCGUGUUCGGCAUCAUCACUUACAUCUGCGCCAUCGCUGCCCUGAUCUCCUAUCUGUCCGGGAAACCACCUUAAAGACUGCUGUAUCAGUAUCUUCUCUCAAUUCUUCUAGAAAUGCAACUCCCUGGUUCCCAAUUACACAAUCCACUGCUCCUUGCAUAUACGCACAUUCAUCUACACCUGUAAAAAGUACAUUGAUUUGGCAGAGACGCCACCUUUGUAACAUUUUCGGCAAGUUUACAGCUGUCAUAUUAGAUAAAAAAAUGCAAAACACUACAUUUGGAAAGUAAUUAAUAUGACUCCCACUUCAGAAAGAGAGGCCUGUGCUCUGUCUUAGCGCUUAUAUCUAAGUUGGCAGGGGAGGGAGUGAUUGAGGCACAAGGGUUUGUUAGAAGGGAACUAGACAAAGACUGUGAGAUCAGGAGAUCACAACAGACUUGGCUGUAAAACAGCAGGUCGUGCCCUCCGAGACACAUGACUCAAGCCAACUGGGUCAUUUCCUAUUUGAGCUCUAAAGCUGGUCAUUGAUUCACUCUCCAAAUUGAAAACACCACAGUAAAUGACUUUAGAACAAAGUUGGAAAUCUUCAAAUAGAAAACAUGUACAAGUUCAGGCAGAUUCUGCAAAUAUGAGGAUGCAUAAGUAUGCAGAGGCAAAAGUUCAAUGCGAUGAGGGAAACACACAUAUACUGAGCAGCUUUCACUGAGUCAUGCCUUUAUGAGACGCUUCUCUUGCAGGACUCUAUAGCUUGAUAAAUGCAGACCCUCCAUUUUCCACCUACUGUACCAACAUUACUGUAUGGAAACACUUCAUAUGAUUUAACUGAAUCAUGCCUGCAAACUCUGGACUGGUAGAAAAGGUGGUGAAUCAGACCACCAAACAUUAUUAUUUAUUUAUUUUACAUUUUCUUAACUACUAUUUUCUGUUAUUUACAGUACAAAUAUACAUAUUAAAUUAUAAACCUUAUUUUAGCCUUUAAACCAUUUUUUAAGAAAAAGGAUUAAUCAAAAUGAUUAAGUUAUGUAAUUUAAAGGUGCUGUAUGUAAGUUUUUGACUCUACUAAUGCAUAAAAAUACCAUAAUGUUUGCAGAUAUUUAAGAAACAUGCUAAGUUAACAUACAUGUUUAUCUGAAAAACAAUGGUACAGUCAAUUAUUCUCCUUUGAAAAUGUGCAUUCCUGGAAGGAAUGUUGGUCUUUGUUUUGGUUUGUGAAAUCCGUCCACUGCCACUUUACUCAAUUGUAUUUCGGCAUUUGAAAAUACAGCAUAUUUUAUUGAAUUAAUUGUCAAGUGUGCUCAUUCAUGUUUGUGCCUUCAAUCUGGCAACCUGUGUGCAAGUCAAGUCUGAGGGGUAGGGGCAGGGUGAAAAAAAAACCCUCCAAUAUUUAGCAUUUGGACUGCAAUAGUUCAACUACUUGGUGUCAAUCCUACAUACAGCACCUUUAACUAUAACUGUUCACAAAAAAAACGACCAACAGGCUGAAGUCAAUUUCUAAUUCAACUCUCUGAAAGUAUGAAAAGUAUGAAAAGCAGAAAUUCAGAGGUUACUCCUGUAUUCAACGCAGAUUUUAAACACCAUUGUAUUAACAUUAUACAUAGGACGAAAAGAAAAUGGUAUUAAACCUCUGAAAACAUUCAGUUCUCUUUAAAUGUACAUUCAGUUUUGCCCAAAAGCAUUGCGUUUGAAGGUAUGUAAACAUCUUUAAAUGACAAGACUGUAAUUUAUAUUCAUUCUGAAGUACUGAACAUAUAGUAUGAACGAUUUGUAAAUGUGAAAUAAAGGGUAUUUGCCUGCCUGGGCAGUUAUUAACUUACAGAAUCCACGAGGAUAAAAGCUAAAACUGUAGUCAAGUGACAUUUCUACCACUGGGAACUCUAUUUUGUUGUAGCACUCUAUACUUAAAUCCCUUUUUUAGGCCUACUCUUCACCUUGAUAACCUCAGAGGCGAGUGAAACUAGUUGCAAAAAAAAAAAGCUUUUACUGAAGUGCUUUAGUUGGAAGUGUCUCGGAUAUGAAACACAAUACAUUGCAUAAUCUUGUCUUCAAAUCCAUCUGCAUUUAUGUACAAUUAUUCCUUUUUUUUUAGCAGUAUAUUUGUUCACAAACUUUGCAAAUGUUCUGUUCAUUAAUUUGACUGGUGAACUGUUAAAAGUCCAUACAACAUAUAUAUCUGGAAUCAUUCAAAUGUUUGUGGUCAGUUUUUUUUAAAGAAAUUAAUAUUUUUUUCUUCAACAAGGAGAUGUUAAAUUGAUCAAAAGUGACAGUAAAGACAUUUCAAGUAAAUGUUGUUCUUUCUAUUCAUAAAAAAUGUAGUUGUUUUCACAAAACUAUUUGUAACAUUUUAAAAUGUAACUAGAAAUAUCUCUAAUAUGUUAUCAUCGCCUAACACUGAAGACUGGAUUAAAGACCAUUAAGGCCUAAAUAAAUGAUAUUUUAAUAUAUCCAAAGAGAUAACAUUUAUUUUUAACUGUGAUAAUAUUUCACAAUAUUAAAACAUCUUACCGACCCCAAACAUUUGAAUGCUACACUGUCCCAUUACAGAUAAAGUCUAUAUUCAGAUAAGUCAAGUGCACAAUACUUCAAUCAGAAAACCACGUGUGAUUUAAAGGUUUAAAUGUGCCCUGUUCCAAAAGAUUAAACCACAAAACAGUGGUCAGCAUAAACAGCCUUGGCAGGUGCCCUUCGCGCUCCCCGCAGUUAGAAAUUGGGUCACAUCAUGGAAGGAAAUGAUGUAUUACUUCUGCAGCAAGCUGCCCCAUAGAACAGAGGAGAGGAGUGAUAGCACAGCCCCCUCCAGUGAGCUAUCAUUGCCUGUGUGGGAUCACAGAAGAGCACCACAAACAGUCCUCCAGUGCACAGGUUAUAGUGAUGCGGUCGCGUCUCAACACAGGAAAACAGACCAGAGAAAUCCUCGCCUGUCAUUAUUUUAUUCCUCCUCUACAUUAAUCUUGUGCAAAUGUGUACAUUUUGCAGGUAACUGUUAUGAACAAAUAAAUGCACUUGACUGAACAUUUAA